GACCUUAUCAGAAAAUACACGCAUAUUUACUUAACAACCUCAUUGUUUAUUUCCAAUAGGUAAAAUUAUCUACUAAAUUAUUUCCGAACUUAUGACUUACUGUCAGAAAGCCAAAAUAUCGACCAAACAGUUAUUACCGAUGCCUUAGCAAUAGUAAAUUGUUAUUACCUAGCCCUCGCCUCGUCCAGAUAAUAGAUUCCUUCUUAAGGAUCGUGAAAAUGUCGCGCCAAGUGAUAACCCAAAAUGUUGAGAAAAAGAGACGUGUUCCUUUGUACCCUGGGUUCCCUGAGCUGGCGCGAUCUGAUGUCAGCAUUUACCCUGCCUACUCGAAAUUGACCUUGGCAUAUCGAGUUGUUUGCCGCCACCGAUAUCAUUGGGCUAAAAUUGCACAACGCAGGCAGUUUAUGAAAGAACUGCACAGUUUCGAAAAACUGCAAACAAAUGCCCUGGAUGGUGUGAGAGUACACAGGGAAUUUUCACAAGGAAUACUUUCACACACAAUACCCCCGCGUCGGUAUGUACAGAAGUUGACGCCUGAUCCUUUGACAUCACAUCAACGGAUGAGAGUGGAAGAAAUUAUCAGUGGAAGAGUUAACUUCAGUCAGAAAUAGAACCAGACCACUUAGCGACAAACCAAAUACCAUAGUAUAUCCCAAAAUAAAACCACAAUGCAUUUAACUUAAAGUUGUUUUUAUUGUUGAUUCAACUGAUUUGUUUU